AUGUCGACCGAAUACAACUAUGACGAACAGGGCCAGUUCUUCCCCUUCUUCUUCGUCACGGUAGCUGGUCUGGUCACGCUACCAGUGACAUAUUCUCUUCUCAAGCCCAGCAAAGCGACGCGAAUCGAAUCGUCCUACACGCCCGAACAUGCAGAUCUCAUCGACGGACACAGGAGACGGCAAAAGAGGAGGGAGCGCAAGAUCAAGCGAAUGAUUGUCGCUGGUGUCGGAUGGACCACAAUUGCUCUGAUGGUCUACCUCAUGGCUGUGACCCAGCGCAGCACACCCAAGAUCUGGGAUCCUUAUGAGAUUCUGGGAAUCCCAAUGUCUUCGACCGAGAAGCAGAUCCAGAGCCGCUACCGCCGAUUGUCAGUUACCAUGCAUCCCGACAAGGCCGUGCCUGAUGCGGCAAAGAACGAAACUCUCGAAAGUGUCAACGAGCGCUGGGUUGAGGUCAUCAAGGCCUACAAGGCUCUCACGGAUGAGGAUGUGCGCAGAAACUUUAUCGAAUACGGAAACCCGGACGGCAAGCAGAGCACCAGCUUCGGCAUUGCUCUUCCUCAGUUCUUGAUUACUGAGGGCAACGGAAAGUACAUCUUGCUCGUCUACGGCGCUUUGUUGGGUAUCCUGCUGCCAUACUUUGUGGGUAGCUGGUGGUACGGAUCGCAAAAGGUUACACGCGAGAAGAUUUUGGUUAACAGUGCUGGCAACAUGUUCAAGGAGUUCAGCGAGCGCAUCGACGACCACGGUGUUGUCAAUUUGCUCAGCUCGGGUGUUGAAUUCGAGACGCUUCUUCACGGCCACAAAGCUGAUGCUGGAACUGGACAACUCGAGAAACGUCUACUUCAAGAGGCUCGUGUUCUGACAGAAAAGGAUCGUCGCUUCUUGCAAGACAUGGACGACACUGUGCGUCGCAAGACUCUUGCACUCCUCUGGGCUUACCUGGCUCGUGUUGAGCUUGACGACCAGACCUUGAACGACGAAAAAUACCAGCUCGCCCCUACCGCUCUCACACUGAACGAGGCCUUUGUCUCUGUCUGUCUAGCCUAUGGCUUCACCAACCCCGUCCUCGCAUCCUACCGCACUUCGCAAAACCUGAUUCAAGCUGUUGCUCCCGAAUCGCCUCCUCUCCUCCAACUUCCUCACUUCAACGAGAAGGUCGUCAAGGCAGUCGAGGACCAACUUGAUCAACGCAGCCACCUGAACAUUCAAACCUUCAUGAACUUCCCCGACGCUCGUCGCCGUGAACUCGCAACCUCUGCCGGUCUCUCGAACGCUCAGCUCGACACUGCCAUCAGCGUUGCCUCUCAGCUUCCCCGUCUGGUCAUCGAGCGUACUUUCUUCAAGGCCCGCUUCAUCCCUCCCGGCACUCGCAACAUCCCCGACGUCCACCCUUCAGACCUCGAAGACAUUGACCCAGAUGAGACCGACACCAAAGCCAACUCACGCCCCGACCCUGCCGAGCAAAAGCAACACCAACCCCCUCUCGCCCACGCUCCCCACUUCUCUCGCGACCACUCUCCCCGCUGGCACCUGUUCCUCGCCGACGCACGACAAGGCAAGGUUGCCGUGCCACCAUUCACCUUUACCACUUUCGACAAGCCUAUUCUUGAUGAGUCUGGCAAGCCUACCUUCAACGUCCAGACUCUGAAGAUGCAGUUCCAAGCCCCUCCUCAACCCGCGCACUACAAAUUCCAGAUGCACCUUGCGUGCGACAGUUACAUUGGCUUUGACGACAAGAGAGAUGUGAUUCUCUCCGUCGAAGACCCGAGUUCGAUUGAAGAGGCCGAGUGGGAGGAUGAGGAUAUCUCUGAGCCUGAAGAAGACUCGAUUGCAGGACAAAUGGCCACUCUGCGCGGCGGCGCUACCAAGAAAGCCACAAGCCCGAAGAUCAAGCAGGCCAAUGACGAUAGUGAUGAAGAGAGCGGAACGGAUGAGGAGGAAGAGACGGAAAGUGAGACGGAUACAGACACUGAUACCGAUGAAGAGUAG